CUUUUCUGUCCCAACUCCAAAAGUACAGGGAUAUCUAACAUGUAGUAGGUUGAAUCACUUCUGCUCAGGAUAUUAGGCGAUUUUUAUUCCUCUGGGAAAUGGAGGUAGGAAAACAUGAAAGCAAAGCCUCAGGAAGAGAAGCUUUAGAGGAAAAGCAAAUGGUCUCUUCUCAAGAAUCUGGGACCAAACCAUUGACCUUCACAUUCGUACCAUCCAUUGGACAGCUUCCGACUCAUUUUGAGGUUGUGGAUAUCUCUAAGUUCCUUGUGACAAUUCCAGAGGAACCAAAGGAUCUGAGCAACCAAAAAAUUGUAAAUAAGCCUGAUGCAGUCUCUGAUGAGCUGGUCUUAAAGAGUGGGGCCAAACAAGACUGUGUGUCCACUGUCUGUGCAGGCAGCACGCGAACGGCUUUCCAGUCCCUGGGGUGUAAUUCAAGCAAAGGAGAAAUGCAGGAGAAUGACCUUUUUAAGGCUGAGUUUAUCCUGAUUACGGACUCCGGUGAUGAAGAUGAAGUAGCUGCUGCCUCAAGCAACGUUCAUCAGCCUUCCAAUGGCUACAGUCCCAUCAGUGCUCAGCUGCUGACCACAUCCCAUGUUUCCCCUGGCACCGAGGCUGGGAAACCUCCUGGCGAUGGGCACCUUCCAGGUGCUGCACUUUCCCACAGUACUACUGAUCCACAAAACCAUCAGUUAAUUUCUACUCUUUCCACCUCUGAUCAUCUUUCCUCUAAACCACCUGCUGUCCACUUAAUUUCUCCAAUUAAUCAGAAAGUAGCAUGCGGUGCCAUGGUUAACAUGAAUCAAGCCUCUUCGCUGGAAGAUUCCUGUAACAACUGGCAGUCAGCAACCAGGUUUUCUAAGCAAGACUCAUCUCUCUACUUUCAGUCUGCUUCCCAUAGUUCACCUCCCUCAAUGUCUAGAAUAUCCUCUUCUGCAUCAAAGAGUUGGUACUGCACUCCUCGGUUGUCUGAUAACCUACAAACACCAAGUCUCUAUAAUCCUGACUGUGUUUGCAAAAUGGGAGGCUUCACCACAUCCUCUGUUCCGGCAAGGAGUCCAAAUCUUUCCUCCAAUCCUCCAUGUUCAACUGAAAUUCAGGGAUCUUUAGCUCAGUCUAUAUCCCACAGUUCUUCCAAAAAAUUGAAAGCGCUGUCUCCUCUCCCUGUACAUAUAAUAACGCAUCCAUUAUCUCCUAGCCCUAAACCUUUGUCUCCACCCUCUCUUUAUGGGUCCUCUUCAACCAUAUGUAGUAUAAAUGAGCCUUGCACACCAACAUUAUCCAGAGGAAAUUUAGCCAAGUCAGGGGUCAAAUCCCCUCUGCCAACCAGACUGACUCUUCUAACUGCUAUUCUGAGAUCAGGCUCCUCUCAGCGGAGACCGCUUUCUCCUGCUUCUUGUCCCACAUUUUCCCCUAGCUCCCUUAGUUCCUCAACACUUGCAAUAGAUCAAAAGUUCAAAACAACUCCCCCAACCCCCAAAAAAUCUCUUUCAAGCCCUCCUAUAAGGCCAGAUUCCCCCAGAAAAGAGGAUUAUUGGCUUUCAGGAUGGGCUCAGCAUCUGCCUUUAUCCUCCAAGACUCAUCCCACCCCUCAGGUGAGGUCUCUUUCUCCUAAAAAGCACCCUCCCAUUCAAUCACUUCCUCCAGACUGCCGAAAUUCUUUGUCAACCCCUCUCUCCUCUCAUAGAAGGUCAGUUGCCUCUCCAGAUUUGCAGUCUUCACUGCAUCCUCCUUGUGUCCCAGCUCCUUCUUCCUUUGCAUACCCCACCUCUCCUUCUCCAGAAGGGCUGGGCUGUUCUGCCUCCAGGUCCCGGGCACCUCAGAAGUCUCAGAGAGUACACACUUACUCGCCCAUCUUUACUUGCCGGUCAUAUCCUUUGCUUGCUCCUACCAGUCCUAGUGGUGCACUGUCUCCCCUCCCAGAAAAACACUCAUCUGCUUCCCCAAGUCUUUUGCGCUCACCUUCUAGAUCUAGAUCAGAUUCAUCCCAAACAUCUGUUCAAGAGAUCAGUACAUCUUCUCCUACCCCUUCUAGAAUCUCAAAGCAGUGGUCUCUCCCACGGCCUCACUCUACCCCACUGGUUCCACAAACUGGUGAUAUUAAUUCCCAUCCACUACAAUUGAAUUCUUCGUUGGUGCAAGCAAAUUUUAGGUCUAACUCCUCCUCUCCGAGACCUGAGCAUUCUGGCACCUCAUCAGUGUUAAAGUGCAGAUCUCCCAUCUCAGACAAGUCACCAGGCACACUGCCAUCAAGACCCAGAGAGCUGACUUCACCACAGUCUUUUUCCCUGCCUCCUGACCAUGAAAACAUCAAACCCAAGCAGUACAAGAUCAAGACAAGCUACAAGGCAUUUGCAGCAAUCCCUACAAACACAUUGCUUAUGGAACAGAAGGCAUUAGAAGAGCCGACCAAGCCUGCUAGUGUGACUGAAGGCCCUGCUUUGGACACUCAUUCAGAGAUGUGCUCCCCUGCCCAGCUCAGACAACAAACAGAAGAGUUGUGUGCUGUCAUUGAUCAAGUCCUGCAGGACCCCUUGACUAUGCGCCGGUGUGAGUCUUCUCCAAGUUUUCUGCAGAUGAGCACAGAGUCAGAUGUUGGCAAGAGAGCAGCUGGGCGUGAAACCAGAUAUGCCAACCUUUACAAAUCAGUGCCCACAGUAACUGAGAGUCAGCUGACAAAACCUGGUGUCAUUCGUCCCGUGCUGGUGAAAGGAAAGAGUGCACAGCAAAAGGAGGAGCCCUAUCAACCCAAUCCUUUUAAAAAGUACCUUGAAGAAAUCAGUGAUCAAAACAUUGAGCAGGUGUCUAGACCAUAUUUACUAGAAACUGCUUCCUCCAUCUGUGGCCCAGACCUGAAUCUUCUCUGAAGAGAAAUGACAGCAAGGGCUGGGCAAGGCUCACAGCUUCCUCUCCAAGGCAGACUGCAGAGGAGCCCCAGUGUGUUUCUGUUUCUCUUCCAGUGCACAGCUCCCCCAGGUCCAUAGCUCCCCCAGGUCCACAUCCAUGUCCCUCCACAGACUGAGUGAGGGUACAGCUGUACCACCUGUGAUGGUGGGGCAGCAAAGAUGCUGUCUCCUCCCACAGCUCUCUGCACGAAGCCACAGGAUCACUUUGCAAAAACACAUCUUGGACUGUGCUGACCUGUAUGAGGCCUUAUUUCAGAGAAGUCCAGAUAAAUGGCUGUGGCAGUCUUUCCUGAUGUAUUUGUGUUUGUGUGCAUUACUGGGAAAAAAAAUUAAAUAUGAUACAUAAUGUCCCAGUAAGAGUUUGUUAUUAACCUAUCCAGUAUGUUCCAAAUCUUCCAUCUGGGGAGAAGUAAAAUGAAGCCAAUAGUCCUCUUGUCAGACACAAUGUGAAUAAAAUACCUUGCUAAUUGAAUUUCUCUUACUCCUGUGCUUCUCUUCUCACAUUAGACAUUUUUGCAAAGGCAGCCCUCUCUUCUUCCUUUUAAAACACAAUAUAAUUAAGAGUUUAAUUUUAGCUCUUUCCAUUUCUCUCCAUAGCUCUGAUUUGAUGUAGAAAAAUCCAAGAACUCCUCAAGUGUACUGCAGCAGUACAGAGGAAAAUAAUUGUGGUAGGAGUGGGUUCCAGCACCACAUAUUGAUGGUAUCAGAAGGUUUCCAUAGAAUGUAGAGAUUAUAUAAACUAGAAGAAAAAAUUAAUAGAAAUAGUGAUUUAUAGUUUGACCUUGAACUUUUCAGGUUGACAGUGAAUAUUUGAGUUCAGUGACUACAGGUGAGUUGAUAGUGAGUUGUUCAUGCUUUAACUUACUGAAAGCCUUCAGAUUCCAAGGUGCUGUGCUGCCAGUUUCCUGGAAUGAAAGAGCAGGAGAGUUAUCUGGACAUUUUACUAUAGAGCUUUUAUCCAUGGCCACCUCAGCAGAGCCUUCCUUUAAAAGCAGGGGCAGUUCAGACCUCCCUUUCAUCAGGGCUGGACACUGAUUAUGCUGGCUAUGGCUUUACUGAUGAUUGGAUUAUGUAAUUCACCAAACUUCCUCUUUUCAGACAAAUAGAAACCUGGGGUUAUUGCCAGGGCUUGAAGCAUUAUGACAUUUGAAGCUAACUGUGGAAACCAAUCAACUUACACUUUAUAAAUUACUUGUGGCACAUAUUACUGAAAUACUGACAGCAUAAUAAGUCUAAUAUUGUUGUUACAAUAGAAGGCAAAGUUAUUUAUAUGAAAGCUAUACAUUAAAAUGAACAAAAAAAUACUGCAUUAUCUUUAAUAGAUGGAAAAGUUGAUCUCACAAUUAAUAGGUUCAGUUUUGCUUCCUUCAUGUAAACAAAUUAUGUUGUACACUUUAUAGUACUGACAAAUUGGUACCUUUGUCCUAAGCGAAGUAAUAUUAGAAGUUGCUGUAAAAUACGUGUUAUUUUAGAACAUCUUCAUAAAGACAUUUUUGUUCUGAUAAAAGAAGUAAUGACUUGUAUUCAGAUGGGUUCACUUAACAGAAACUGGUUUUGUUUGUGUGAGAAAUGGCUAUAUGAUUCUCAUUGUGGUUUCAUAGAACAAUUAAUAGUAUAAUAAUAUGUGGACCUAGGGAAAACACUGAAGUGCUGAACAAUACAGCAUAUGCUCUUAAUUUCAGCUCCUGCCUUCCAGAGCAGGUUCAUGGUACUGAUAUUAUAUCCCUUGUGGGUGGAGGGGACUUGGAUGCCCAAGUGAGGAUGUUCACAAUCUUUCAGCACCUGUGAAAAUUUCCUGAGGGGUUUUAGUGCCGCUAGGAGGACUGCAGCACUGACUGGGGAACUGGGCUUGGUGCCAAGACAACAGCUUGAAAAUUGCUCUGGUUUUCUCUAGCUGUGAGUUUUUUUAGCCUGUAAAGACUAAUGACUGAUUUUCCCCCUUCACCUGCUCUCAGUAAAAGCAUUUUUGGCUGCACGGUGGCUGACUUCCAAAGAGGGGGAGUUCUUCCCACCAAUAUUCUCCCCAAAUUGGGUAAAUUUACUGCUUUCAUGGGAUAUAAGAGCUGGGAAUUAAAACUAGGAGACUGGAAGUUAGGCAUUCUGUUAUCUGUGAAAGAGCUGGUGCUAAUCUGUCCUCAGAUAAGAAUUUAGGAGGCAUUGAUUGUGGCUGUGGGCCAAAGUGCUCAUACUGUUACAGAUUUUCCCUGUUUUUCUUUGAAGAUUUUCCCAGUCAUGCUGGGAGGUUCAGAUCUUACAUUUCUGUUCUCUCCCUCUCUCUGAGUUUUCUUUUCCUUUCUUUCAAAUACCGUUGCCAACAACAACCUCUCUAGGUAGCUUUGCUGCCUCUCCUUCACGCAGCCCACCUUGAAAGGGACAGAGCCUUUCAGACUGCAUCUUUGAGGAGGGUAGAGAGUAAAUGCGAUUCCAGAUGGCAUCA